AUGUUCCAACGAUUCCUCCGUCCGCAGAGCUCUCUGCGGGCCGUUUCUGCCCUGUCAAAGAGACCCGCGUCGGCGUUGUUACCCUCCCAGACUCGAGGGCUGCACAAUGUGCCUAAAUUGACCCAUGAUACUCAGUUCAAGGAGAAUGGAAUUCCGGAGCUUCUUUCGCCGGAGGCGUUUGAUUUUGCAUGGACUCAGUACCAGACGCUUCUGAUUGACAAGCUCAAUCUUCUCACGCAGGAUACUGUGGACGCCGACGCUAAGCCCGGAGACCUGCUGAUCAAGUACUCGAAACGCGCGGAGAUGGCCUCCGUCUUCAACUACGCCUCGAUGGCGCACAACAACCAUUUCUUCUUCAACUGCUUGGUAUGUUGCUCCUCCCCCACACCGACACAAAUCCCUGAAAAAUUUGCCAAAGAUAUCGUGGACACCUGUUCGUCCGUGGAAUCGCUGAAGUUGGACUUUCUGGCAACGGCCAACGCAAUGUUCGGUCCCGGAUUCGUGUGGCUGGCGAAGAACCUGGAGCGUGAGGGACUGAUGCACAUCUUCUGCACGUACAACGCGGGCUCGCCGUACCCGGCCGCGCACGCACGACGGCAAGCGGUGGACCUGGCGACACACUCGCCCAACACGGCGCUGGGGAACCAGUACGCGGGGUCGAUGGGGGCGCACGCCCAGAAUCAGAAGACGCUGGCGCCGGGGGCGCUGGACAUCCAGCCCAUCCUGUGUGUCAACACAUGGGAGCACGUGUGGAUGAUGGACUACGGCAUCGGCGGCAAGGCCGAGUACCUGGAGCGCUGGUGGGACCGGAUCAACUGGCAGGUCGUCUUCGACAACUACAACGCCGUCAGCUCGCUCAAGGGCGCCCGCGCUGCUGCUGGCCGCAACCGCAGCGUGAGCAUGCUAUAG